AUGGAUCGUAUUCGAAACCAAACUGAUUUUGUUGGCCUCGUGUACAGAAGCAAGGAUUAUGAAUAUGUAGCGAAGUCUAUGUUUGAAAAUCUUGAUGUUCUAUCGUCUUUUUUGGAGCCCUUGACUAUUGGAACAAUGGGAACACAGAAACCAUUCCGUUUUAACUUUGAGCAGUACGUGCAGGAAGCUAGAACAAAAAUGCCGAGCAGGAAAGCUGCCGAUGCCUGCACUAUGCAAUUAUUGAUAUCAGCCAUGGAAACCCAAACGACCCAAUCAGAUGGCGCCUGUGAAUUGACACCGGAAUGCCAAACUCAACUGAUGCAGGGAUCAGCGCUAGCCUUUCAACAAACAAGCAGAGUUAGAGCCAUGAUGCUAUCUCGAAUCUUCGACUGUAUGGAGGGUGUCGACAUUUCUGCAAAUAUUUACAAAUUAUGCAUCCAAAUAUAUAAAGAGACCAAAUCACUAGAAGCCUGGGAUCAUCCCCCUGGGACUAGAACAUUGUUUAUGCAGCAGAUUUUAUACUGUGCGUCGCAAGGUUAUGGAGAGUUCAUUAAACCAAGAUGGAUGAACAAAAUAAUGUCUUGGCAAGAGCCACGAGGCUGUUUCGCUGAUGAUCGACAACCAUUUCUUCGUCUCACUGGCUUUGUUGGCCCUACUACUCCAUCAAGUAAAAAGGACAGAGAGGAGGAAUAUCGUAUAAAAAAGGCAGCUGCCUCGGAGGGCGGCGCUUGCAACUCCUUAACAUCAGCUAUGGCACUUGGUUCUCUCGUUAUGUAUAUUAGAGCGUUAUUGGAGACAGACCAAGCUUUCCAGUACGAUGUUCUUGCCUAG